GUGUGCGGUGCGGGGUGUGAGGUGCGGUGUUUCCAGCGCAGGAGCCCGAGGAGCCGCUGCUGCCCCUUGGGACCGGGCACGGUCGGGAGCAAAAACGAGAAUUCAGGUCGUUGCUGGAAAGAUGUCCUUGGAUUUGUUUAGAGCAGAAGGUGAGCGUUUCUGCAUUGGGAAGAAGUUCCUGCGACAGCAACACGGGAUGGUCAGGCAGCCUGCUUGAGCCCAGAGCUCACCUGUGAAGUUCUGGCUCUUCUUGCUGUAUGAGGGUGUGUGGUCCCCAAACCAGCCUGUUUCUGUGACACCACUGGUACUGCUCCCCAGCUGGGAAGACUGGGGUCGACCUUCCAUGCCUCACUCACUGCUUCAGCCAUCCAGGUCACAGGUGAUGGGCUUUCUUGGGGAGUUUGACCAUUAUUCUUCCCUGGCCAAACUCAUGUCCAUCUACCACACAACGAACAGGAGCAUCUUCAACUGGACAGAGAGCCGCAUUGUUGAGUGGGAGAAAUUUGCUGAGCUGGCUAAAUAUGAGCCAGAAUCCCAGAAACCAACAGUGAAAGCACUGCUAAUCGUGGCAUACUCGGUCAUUAUCGUCACGUCUCUCUUUGGGAACAUGCUGGUGUGCCACGUGGUGCUGAAGAACAAGAGGAUGCACUCAGCCACCAGCCUCUUCAUCGUCAACCUGGCAGUGUCAGACAUCAUGAUCACACUGCUCAACACACCUUUCACCUUGGUCCGCUUUGUGAACAGCACGUGGGUUUUUGGAAAGGCCAUGUGCCACAUCAGCCGCUUUGUGCAGUACUGCUCCCUCCACGUGUCCACACUGACCCUGACGGCCAUCGCUCUCGACAGGCACCAGGUCAUCCUGAACCCUCUGAAGCAGAGGAUGUCCCUGACAAAGGGAGCUCUGAGCAUCUCUGUUAUCUGGCUGAUGGCAACCUGUUUCUCCCUGCCCCAUGCUGUCUAUCAAAAGCUUUUCCAGUAUAACUACAGGGAAGCCACUGUCCGGAGUCUGUGCCUCCCUGACUUCCCCGAGCCUGCAGAGUUGGUCUGGAAGUAUCUGGACCUGUCUACCUUUCUCCUCCUUUACCUCCUGCCCCUGCUGAUCAUCACUGUCACCUACAUGCGCCUGGCCAAGAAGCUGUGGCUCCGCAAUGCCAUCGGGGACGUCACCAGGCAGCAGUAUGUCACCCACCACAGGAACAAGAAGAAGAGCAUCAAGAUGCUGGUGCUGGUGGUGGUGGUCUUUGCAGUCUGCUGGUUCCCCCUGAACUGCUACGUGGUGCUGAUCUCCAGCCUGGGCAUCAAGACAAGGAACUCGCUCUAUUUCGCGCUGCACUGGUUCGCCAUGAGCAGCACCUGCUACAACCCCUUCAUCUACUGCUGGCUGAACGAGAGCUUCCGCACGGGGCUCCGCUCCCUGCUCUGCAUCUGCCAGAAGGGGACACAGCCUCGGGAGCAGGCGCUGCCACCCAGGGCCACGUCCUGCCGCGAGGCGUGGCUGGAGCAGGCCCGCUGCAGGAAGGGACCGGCCUCCCAGGCCAGCUGCUCCACCAGGAACCUCCCGACGGCCAACACGGACCUGUGAGCCACGGGGCUGAGGGGACCUGCCUGCUUGUGGCAGGCACCAAAGGGCAUCUCCCAGUCUCUCCUCAGGAGCCAGCAUUGCUGCUCUCUUGUUUUACUGCUGAUUUUUUGGCUUGUCUUACUCUAGCCGCUCCUCUGCUUGACGUGGUGGGCACGCAGCCUCUCCAGCACUCUACCAGUGAAACCCACGCUGCAGCUGGCCCAGGGGACAGGAAUAUGUGCAGGGGACAUGGAGCUUCUCAGACAUCGUGAUCUGCUUUCAGGUUUUCCCAUUUAUUGCUACCAGAGGGAGUGGACCCAGGUUUCUGUCACUGGCUGUAACACGUGUGAUAACGUGGGGCUCUGAACAGCAGCAGAAACAAAUCCGUGAUGACAGGUGUCUGAAGGAAGGACUUGGGCAUGCAGAUGAACUCCAUCCACAGGGAGCCUCACCAAUUAGUGUAUAGCAAAGCCUCCUACAGAGUGGGAAGGAAAAGGACAGAAAGGAGGGGAUCCUAGCUUCAGGCCACUUGACCCCAGCUGGGCACCUUGGGUGUGCACUGCAGUGCCUGCACCAGAAGAAAACAGCAGAACACGAGGAGUGGCAGCAGGAAUGGGUGAAUGCUUUGUCCCUGAGACACUUUGCUUGGAGGUCACAAUUAUUGAACAUGGGAAUUCAAAGUUGUGCUGGUUGCCAGCACUGUCCUCCCUCACUGUACAGAAGGGGUUUUUUUUCACUCAAAAAACAUCACUGUGAGUUUCUCAGAAUAUUAAUAUAAUCUGUAAUUAAUAAGCAUCACCUCAUUUAAUUAGUAAAAGAAGCUAUCAUUUGUU